UCAUACUGACCGCAAACCAGUAAUGAUAACAUCUUUUAAGUUUGUUACUUUGUCCUGUUCAUACUGUCCAUUUGAAAUCAACUCAACGAGAUCUAAGUCACAGCCUGCAUUUCUCCAAAAUGGCAACUGAAAAGGACAGGUCACCUGACGAGCUGAAACUGAAGACUGAAGUAGGGCUGCUGGGUGGAGUGUCUCUCAUUGCAGGGGUCAUGGUUGGUUCUGGAAUCUUCAUGUCUCCUCAGUAUGUGCUGCUUUAUAUUGGGAGUCCAGGUGCUAGUCUGUUAAUAUGGGCUGCUAGUGGAUUGUUGGCCAUGCUAGCUUCUUUGAGCUACGCUGAAUUAGGAACUGUUAUUCGUGAGUCUGGAGGAGAGUAUAUUUACAUCUUGCGCACUUCAGGCAAUAUCAUGGCCUUUAUAUGUGCUUUCACCAAUAACAUUGUGAUGAGACCAACUAGCAUGAUUGCAGUGGCACUCACCUUUGCCCAAAAUACCCUUGCACCUUUCUAUGAUGAUUGCCUACCACCAAAUGGAGCAGUGAAAUGUUUGGCAGCCCUAGGGAUUAUGGUAUUGACAGUUUUGAACUGCUUGAAUGUGCGCUCCUCCAUCAGAGUCACAGUGGUAUUCAUGGCUAUGAAGUUGCUGGCACUUAUAAUAAUUGUGAUUGGGGGAGUUGUGCUACUUAUUCAAGGGGACACCGCCAACAGCCUCCAAAAUUCUUUCGAUGGGACAAAGCUGAGCAUCAGACCCAUGGGAAUAGCAUUUUACCAGUGUUUGUGGUCCUAUGAUGGCUGGAACACUUUAAACCAUGUUACUGAAGAGAUCAAUCAUCCUGAGGUGAACCUGCCAAGGGCACUGAUGAUUGCUGUUCCCAUGGUAACGAUUCUAUACCUACUAGUCAAUGUCAGUUAUCUGGUUGUUAUGACAACCACGGAGAUGAUAUCAUCCAGCGCAGUAGCUGUCACAUGGGGGAAUAAAGUAUUAGGAGGGUGGGGCUGGGUAAUGUCCGUUGCUGCAGCAAUCUCAGCCUUUGGUUCUCUGAAUGGAUCUUUUUUCAGUGGAGGACGAGUGUGUUACGUAGCAGCAAGAGAGGGACACAUGCCUGACAUCCUGGCCAUGGCUCACAUGCACAGGCGUACUCCCUCUCCAGCUCUCAUUUUCAACACAAUAAUUUCUCUUAUUGUUCUCAUUCCGGGAGACUUCCAGGCCAUAGUCAACUUCUUCAGCUUUACUGCCUGGAUCUUCUAUGGGAUGACAAUAUCAGGUCUUCUGUAUUUAAAAAUCAAGAAACCUGACCUUCCCAGGAAAAUUACGGUACCCAUAAUUAUUCCAAUCUUGGUGUUGCUGGCCGCAGUGUUCCUGGUGCUGGCUCCCAUCAUUGAUGACCCUCAGAUUGAGUACCUCUAUGUGAUCCUCUUCAUACUGAGCAGCUUUAUGAUUUACAUCCCUUUCAUUCACUUCAAGCUGUUCCCAGGAUUGUUAAAUAAACUCACAGUCUUCCUUCAGCUUUUCCUAGAGGUGGCACCAACUGCCAAAAACCUGUAAUGCUAAGGGAACAGAACUGUUAAUUGAGUGCAUUUUAAUUUCAUAUGUUAUAGGCUCUCACAAUUCUAAAUGCAAUAUGUGUGAUA